AUGGAUACUGUAUGCGAUAGGCUUCUGGACAUCCCUUGCAAUGUAUGCGGUGACAGAAGUUCCGGAAAACAUUACGGGAUAUACAGCUGUGAUGGUUGCUCGGGGUUCUUCAAGCGGUCUAUCCAUCGAAAUCGAGUAUAUACGUGCAAAGCAGGUGGCGAGUUGAAGGGACGCUGCCCAGUUGACAAGACACAUCGCAACCAGUGCCGCGCUUGUCGCCUUGCCAAGUGCUUUCAGGCCAAUAUGAAUAAAGAUGGUGAGGCCCGUGGGAGCGGCGGCACCUGCCGCCCCCUCUGCCUCUUCGCUGCCCUCCGCCCUCAGUGGCUCGUUAAUGAUGAUGUGCUCAGCCAGCAGACUAUUUCACUUCUGAAUACAUCUUUCUCACUUUCGAUGCGGCCUCCCUGUCGCACUCAGGAGCAGGACUCGCGGCGUCUCGCUCGCGGUGCGUUCGCCUGGUCGCAUCCACCUAGUCAAUUCGGCAAACGGUAUCUACUUUGUGUCGGAAAUGUAAUGGAACAAAUGCGGCUGGAAUUAACGUCGAAACGAAUGUCGAGCCACGGGGCGCGGGUCGUUGGGAGCCCUCUCAUCCGAUAUUUUCCACGCGAUGAUUUUGAUAAGCAUUUAUGCCUUUGGAAGUAA